AUGUGCUCGAUUUCCUGGCCGAUAUGGGCCCGAAUAACAAGGCUCUGGUGGUUAAGAGUCGUCUUGAGUGGAAAACAGCAUCUCAAGAACUAUGAGCUACAUGAAAGAUACGGGCCUGUGGUGCGUAUUACACCAAACAUACUUAGCUUCUCCGAUCACCGCGCAAUCAAGGUUAUCUACGGACGUGGUGCUGGCGAGUUUGCGAAGGGCGAUGGGUUCGGUAAUGGAUUUCUACCAGGCGGAGAUCCGCCAGUAUUUUUUGCAAAGGAUCCAGUGGUGCACUCACGCGUGAGGAAACGGAUUGCUCACGCUUAUUCAAUGACAUCUGUGGCUCAAAUGGAGCCGUCAGUAAGCGCUUUAAUAGAGGAAUUCAGUCGAAACAUCGACAGGUUUGCAGAACGCGGCGAGGAAUUUGACUUGGUCGAGUGGGUCAAUCAUCUCACCUUCGAUUUGAUAAGUGAGCUCGGAUAUGGGAAGAAAUUUGGAUUCAUGGAGAAAGGAGGCGAUGUUAACGGAUAUCAAGAAUCAAUGCAUCAUAAUUCACCUAUGUUUCCAAUUUUAGCUGCAUUUCCAACCCUCGCAGCGCUAUUGGGGGUUGUGAUAAAAUAUCUUCCUCCUCCUGAAUCUGCAACUGGAAUCGGACAUUUAUUUGGGCUAGCAAAAAGGAUAAUCGCUGAUCGACGUGCUUCUACUAGUUCAAGUACAAAUAAAAAGGAUCUUCUCGACACUACCGCAGCAUCAAUUCAAGGGGCAAGCCUCUAUCUUCUACAAAACCCCCCAGCCCUCCAGCAUCUCGUAGACGAACUUGAUCAAACCAACCCAGUAUCUUACGCGGAUACGCUGCCUUUAGAGUAUUUCAACGCUGUGUUAAAAGAGACCCUCCGGUUAUCGCCCUCCAUUGGUGCAACAUUCGGCCGGAAAGUUCCGGUGGGGGGAGCAGAAAUAUUACCUGGUAUCUGGGUCCCAGGAGGCUUUGAAGUCGGUAUCAAUAAUUGGGUUGUUGGGAGAGAUAAGACUUUAUAUGGGGAUGAUGCGAUGGAGUUCAGACCCGAGAGAUGGCUGGAAAAGGGCAAUCGAACUCGUUUUGCCGAGUUUGAAUUUGGAUUUGGAAGCGGGAAUAGGGUGUGCAUCGGCAAGAACGUUGCAAUGAUGGAGAUUUGUAAAACAAUUCCUGAAUUAUUUGGAAAAUUCGAGCUGGAACUAAUGGAUCCGGAGGACCCAUGGGUUGAAGAGUCGAGAUUGUUUUUAUAUAAGAGUGGGCUGAGAGUAAGGGCGAGAAGGCGGGUUCUUAAGGUUUAA